AUGUUGAACCAAUGCCUGCACAGGCCUCACGGCCCAACCACUCCCCAAACCGUCCGGCAACAGCUUCCCGGCAAGCCUUUCCUAAAUGCCGUCCAGUCGUCCCCCAUAUUCAUUUUCUCCCGCCAAAACUCCGUCCCGACAGGAAAAGGACGUGCCCCCCGGAGGCGGCGGCCGGCCGGCGCCGCCGUGAAGGCCCUGAUGUCGCCAACGGCAACCACGGCUGGAAAAAAGACGAGCGUCAAAGCCACUGUGACGGUGCUGGAGACGGUUGGGGGAGCUCUGUCCCACCUGGGAAUGGAAGGUGGCCUAGAUGGCUGGGCCGACUUGCUCGGAAAAACCCUUUUCAUCGAGCUUGUGGCGGCCGAGCUCGAACCCAAUUCGGGGCAAGAGAAGCCAACCAUUAGCGCAUACGCACAUAAGGUUGGGCAGGAGAAGAACGAGAUUCACUACGAGGCCAAAUUUGAUAUUUCCAGUGAUUUUGGGGAGAUUGGGGCAAUUAUUUUAGAGAAUGAGCACCGAACAGAAAUGUUCGUUAAAGACGUCAAAUUUGACGGUCUGCCAGCUGGCUCUGUCCAAGUGACGUGCAAUUCGUGGGUUCACUCCAAAUAUGACAACCCUGAAAAUAGAGUGUUUUUCACUGAUGACAAGACCUACUUGCCAACCCAAACUCCAAGCGGCCUGGUAAGAUACAGAAAGAAUGAGCUCACACACCUACGCGGCGACGGCCAAGGCGAGCGCAAGAAAUCCGACAGGAUUUACGACUACGAUGUCUACAACGACCUCGGAGAUCCCGACGCCGAUGAUGACCUCGCACGCCCCAUCCUCGGCGGCCCCCAGCAUCCUUACCCUCGCCGCGGCAGAACUGGCCGCCCGAGGACUAAGAAAGAUCCACUAAGCGAGACGAGGAGCUCCGAGUUCUACGUGCCUAGAGACGAAGUAUUUUCCGAAGUGAAGCAGGCGACGUUCUCUGCUAAAACCCUGUACUCUGUGCUCCAUGCGCUCGUCCCAUCACUGAAGAGUACCAUCAUAGACAGCACCCUCGGCUUCCCACACUUCACGGCCAUAGACACUCUGUUCAACGAAGGAUUUCUGCUCCCAGAUAUUCCGACCACUGGGUUUCUGGGGAAUAUGAUACCCAGGCUCGUCAGGUUUAUCAAGGACGCCAAAAACAGUGUCCUGCAGUUUGAAACCCCUGAGUUGAUCGACAGAGAUAAGUUUGCGUGGUUUAGGGAUGCUGAGUUUGCGAGACAGACUCUAGCAGGUGUCAAUCCAUGCUGCAUCAAGUUGGUUACGGAAUGGCCACUGAAAAGCGAGCUCGACCCUAAGAUUUAUGGACCUGCUGAAUCGGCAAUCACAACGGAGCUGGUGGAGAAAGAAAUUGGUGGCUACAUUACGGUGGACGAGGCAUUGAAGCAAAAGAAGCUGUUCAUUUUAGACUACCACGAUGUGUACUUGCCUUACGUGAACAAGGUAAGGGCGCUCGAGGGGACUACUUUUUACGGGUCGAGGACUUUAUUUUGCUUGAUGCCUGAAGGUGUGUUGAGGCCCGUGGCCAUCGAGCUUGUGAGACCGCCAGUAGACGAGAAGCCCCAAUGGAAGGAGGUCUACGUGCCAAGUUGGAACCCAACUUCCAUCUGGUUAUGGAGGCUGGCUAAGGCUCACGUCCUGGCUCAUGACUCCGGUUUUCAUCAGUUGGUUAGUCAUUGGCUACGUACUCAUUGUUGCACAGAGCCAUAUAUAAUCGCAACAAAUAGGCAUCUGAGUGCAAUGCACCCGAUUUACAGACUGUUGCAUCCUCAUUUUCGGUACACGAUGGAGAUUAAUGCUCUGGCUCGUCAGGCCCUCAUCAAUUGCGAUGGUAUCAUCGAGUCCUCAUUCUCCCCGGGCAAGUAUUCUAUAGAAUUGAGCUCCGUCGCGUAUGAUAAGCUAUGGCGGUUUGAUCUAGAGGCACUACCCGCUGAUUUGAUCAACAGGGGCAUUGCUGUGGAGGAUCCAAAUGAACCUCACGGCCUAAAGCUAGCAAUCGAAGACUACCCUUACGCAAAUGAUGGUCUGCUUAUAUGGGACGCCAUCAAACAGUGGGUCACGGACUACGUCACGUACUACUACCCAGAACCGAACCUCAUAGAAUCGGACUACGAGCUCACGUUAUGGUGGACAGAGAUCAAACAGAAGGGUCAUGGGGACAAAAAGGAUGAGCCAUGGUGGCCCCAGCUAAAAACUCCCGAGGACCUGAUCGGGAUCAUCACGACCAUCAUUUGGGUGACCUCGGGCCACCAUGCAGCUGUCAACUUCGGCCAAUUCGAUUACGGAGCCUACUUUCCCAACAGGCCCACCACAGCCCGAACCCCUAUGCCCACAGAGAAUCCGAGCGAGGAAGAAAAGAAGGAAUUCUUCGAGAGGCCCGAAGAGUUUCUCUUGAAGUGCUUCCCUUCCCAAGCUCAGGCGACAAUCGUGAUGGCUAUUUUGGACGUUUUGUCUAAUCAUUCGCCCGAUGAGGAAUAUAUGGGGGAGGAUAUCGAGCCCUGUUGGGCCGCUGAUAAAGUGAUAAACGCUGCCUUCGAAAGGUUUAGCGGUCGGAUGAAGGAGAUUGAAGGGAUUAUCGACGGUAGGAAUGCCGAUCUGAAGCUGAUGAAUCGGGCCGGGGCUGGAGUGGUGCCGUACACGCUCUUGAAGCCGUUUUCGGAACCUGGUGUGACGGGGCAAGACAUCAUAUUCGAUAUGGUGGAGGACAACCUCAAGGCUAGGCUGGGCGCAGAGCAACCUCAACAUCGUCGCUCUAUAGAGUCGUAA